UUUUCUUUUUUACUGUGUAGCGAUGGAAUGCAAUCAAUUAUAAUAUUAGGAAAAGUAUCGGAUACCUCAAGCGUUACUUUUAAAAUCGUCCCAGAAUUUCCAUUUUGUUGGGAUGGGUUUGUUUUGGUGACGCUCAAAUAGCCCCACAGUGUGAAUUCAAUUACGGGAGGUGUGUCCAAAUCGCUCAGCGUCAAAUGGGCACCACUUUAGACAAGCGGCACAAGUACGACGUACCGCACGGGACAGCGUGUAGAUUUAUAGCCUUUUGCUUGGUCUAAAUAUGUGGGGGGUGCUGCUUUUAGGUUUGGCCCUUUUCCUCCUGGUGGUGUGCAUCUUUGGCAAAAGGGAACCGGCGCACUUCCCGCCCGGGCCACUCGCACUGCCUCUCGUUGGGAAUGUCUUCAACAUCCCCGUCAAGCAGCCUCACGUAUACCUCACGCAGUUGGCCGAAACUUACGGGAACGUGUUCUGCAUCCGCGUGGGGCAAGAGAAGACGGUUUUCGUAUGCGGAUGGAAGACGGUAAAAGAAGUGCUGGUGACGCAGGCUGACAAAUUUGUGGACAGGCCAUACCAAGCCUUGUUUUCCAGACUGUACAAUCAACACAAAGGGGGGAUUUUGUGCUGCAACGGCGAGACGUGGAGGACGCAGCGUCACUUCGCCAUGGGAAUGCUGCGCACCUUCGGCCUGGCCGACGGCACCCUGGAGAGGAGCGUAUGCCAGGAGAGCCAACACCUGCAACGGGCCGUGGAAGAACACAAAGGCGAAUUGUUUGAUCCGGCGGACUUGUUGAACAGAGCGGUGGGGAACAUCAUCUGCCAGGUCAUUUUUGGGAGGAGGUUCGACUACAAUGAUCCAAAGAUCCAGCAAUUGCACGAGAACCUGACAGAGCUGGUCUAUCUGGAGGGUUCCGUGUGGGGCCAGCUCUACAAUGCCUUCCCAGCGCUGAUGAAGCGAUUGCCCGGUCCCCACAACGCAAUCUUCACCAACUUCCAAGCCCUGCAGGAGUUCAUCGGCGCCCAGAUAAAGAGCCACAAGUUGGCUUUGGACCCCAGCGAUCCACGAGAUUACAUCGACGCCUUCCUGGUGGCGAGCGACAACGAAGCGAACGCAGAAUUGGGUUUCACAGAAGAAAAUCUGGUUCUGUGCUGUAUGGAUCUGUUCCUUGCUGGGACGGAGACUUCCUCCAAGACGCUACAGUGGGGCCUCAUUUUCCUCAUCCAGAACCCUCAAAUCAUGGAUAAAGUCCAAACGGAGAUCGAGCGAGUGAUUGGGACGAGCCGCUUACCCAAGAUGAGCGACAGAGCCCACAUGCCCUAUACGAACGCAGUCAUCCAUGAGAUCCAGAGGAUGGCCAACGUCGUUCCCCUCAACGGAACCAGAGUGGCCUCGAAAGACAUCCAACUGGGAGGUUGCGUCAUCCCCAAGGGCAGCACCGUGUUGGCCAUCUUGACGUCGGUGCUCUUUGACAAGAACGAAUGGGAAACUCCGCACGUGUUCAACCCCGGACAUUUCCUGGACUCCAAUGGCAAUUUUGUCAAAAGGAAUGCAUUCUUACCUUUCUCUGCCGGAAAACGUGCAUGUGUGGGUGAGGCCCUGGCCAGGAUGGAGCUGUUCUUGUUCUUGGUGGCCAUGCUGCAGAACUUCACCUUCUCGGCUGCGGAAGGAGUGGAGCUGAGCUCGGAAGGAAUCGUCGGAGUGACGCGCACCCCGUACCCCUUCAAGAUCCGCGCCACGCCCCGCUGAGGGUUCAACAUGCACAUUCACAGUUUUUAUUUAUUUUGUUUUAUUUAUUUUUUUUAAUUCUGCUUGGCUCCCUGCAAAGGCGGACACUUUUUGCUCUGCUCCUGCAACUCCUGCCA